CGUCACGGCCCAGCCGCUGUUCUGACAGCUUUUCCAGGUUAGACGGACUGGAAACGGAGCAUCCAGUGAGAGAGAGAGAGAGGGGGAGAGAGAAAGAGAGAGAGAGAAGGAGAGAGAGAGGGAGAGAGAGAGCAGCUAAAUUUCCACUAAUCAGCCGUCACCAUCCGCAUCCAGCCGACCAUAUAGGGGUUCUCUCCGCCAUCCUCCCCCGGCUCACCGUUUGCAUCUUUUUUUUUUUUUUACAUUUUUAUUUUUUCUCCAGAGGAUUAAUGGUGAUGAUAUUGUAACGCACAGAUGACAGCAUAGCCGGGGCGGUGAGCUGUCAAACACUCCACUGCAGCCUCUUUGUUGAGACGGAUCUGUAGCUACAGGGGCCGGACAUGAAUUCGGCGGAGCAGACGGUUACGUGGUUGAUCACGCUCGGGGUGCUGGAGUCGCCGAAGAAGACCAUCUCGGAUCCCGAAGCCUUCCUGCAGAGCUCCCUGAAGGAUGGGGUGGUCCUCUGUAAGCUCCUGGAGCGGCUCAGCCCGGGCUCCACGGAGAAAACCUAUCCAGAACCGAAGAACGACGGCGAGUGUCUGAGCAACAUAAAGGAGUUUCUCAAGGGCUGCACGUCGUUCCGCGUCGAGCCGUUCGAGGCCAGUGACCUUCUGCUGGGCCUGAACUUCUCCAAGGUGCUGAGCAGUCUGGUGGCCCUGAAUAAAGUCACUGCAGAUAUCGGCGUGGGCAGCGAUUCGGUGUGCGCCCGACACACUUCCGCCCUCCGCAUCAAGUCGUUCGACUCGCAGUCCUCCCAGUCUUCGCUGGGCCGAUCCUCUAAGCUGCUGCAGAACCAGUUUCGAAGUCUGGACAUGUCAGAAAACAGCGGGCAGCAGCUGCUGGUGAAGGCUCGCUUCAACUUCCAGCAGACCAACGAGGAUGAGCUCACCUUUGCCAAGGGCGACAUCAUCAAUGUGACCCGUCAGGAGGAGGGCGGCUGGUGGGAGGGGAUGCUCAAUGGCAAGACUGGCUGGUUCCCUAGCAACUACGUGCGUGAGGUCAAAGGCUCUGAUAAACAAGUGUCCCCUAAGUCUGGCAAUCUGAAGAGCCCACCGAAAAGCUUCGACACUUCUGUUAUCAGCAAGACGUACUAUAACCUGGUGUUACAGAACAUUUUAGAGACAGAGACGGAGUACUCCAAGGACCUUCAAUGCCUCCUCACAAACUACCUUCGACCACUUCAAAACAUUGACAAGCUGAGCAGCUCGGACGUAGCUCUGAUUCUGGGGAACCUCGAGGAAAUCAGCACCUUCCAGCAGAUGUUGGUCCAGUCGUUGGAGGAGUCUACAAAACUCCCAGAAAGCCAGCAAAGGGUCGGUAGCUUCUUUCUGAACCUCAUGCCACAGAUGAGGGCGCUCUAUGUCGGUUACUGUUCCAACCAUCCCUCCGCCGUCAAUUUGCUUACCCAAUAUAGUGACAUACUGGGGGAGUUUAUGGAGGGGCACGGCGCAGUGACUCCUGGGAUCCUCACGCUGACCACUGGCCUCAGUAAACCGUUUAUGAGACUGGACAAAUACCCCACCUUACUCAAAGAGCUGGAGAGGCAUAUGGAGGAGAAUCAUGCCGACCGACCAGAUAUUCUGAAGUGCAUGGGGUCGUUCAAGAGUCUCUCUGCUCAGUGCCAGGAGGUGCGGAAACGAAAGGAGCUGGAGCUACAGAUUCUCACAGAGUCCAUCCGACUGUGGGAGGGGGACGACAUCAAGACCCUGGGCUCUGUGAUCUACAUGAGCCAGGUCUUGGUCCAGAGUCCCAUGUGUGAGGAGAAGAAUGAGCGCUACCUCAUGCUGUUUCCUCACGUCCUCCUCAUGCUCUCUGCUAGUCCGAGGAUGAGUGGCUUCAUAUUCCAGGGAAAGCUGCCUUUGACGGGCAUGAUAGUGACCAAACUAGAAGAUUGCGAAGCCCACAAAAACGCCUUUGAGCUGAACGGCACGAUGUUUGACCGCCUCCAGGUGGUGUGCGCCAACCAGCAGGACCUGCAGGACUGGGUGGAGCACCUGACGAGACAGAUCAAACACAGCGCCGCCACGGCCCCCAGCCACAAACCGCUCACCGUGCCCUGCCACACGCUCCCAUCUCAUCCUCUCACCCCGUCCCGUCAUGCUGAGAGCAGGGCCAUGACGGUGGCUCCCACCUACCACACCCUGCCUCACCCUUCCUCUCAUGGAACGUCCCACAGCACCAUGACGUGGGGCCCCCUGGAGCCUCCAAACACGCCCAAACCCUGGAGCCUGAGCUGCCUGCGACCCGCGCCGCCACUCCGGCCCUCUGCGGCGCUCUGCUACAAGGAGGAUCUCAGUAAAAGUCCUAAGAGUGUGAAGAAACUCCUUCCGAAACGCAAACCUGAGAGGAAGCAGUCUGAGGAGGAAUUUGCUCUGAGGAAGAGUACGGCCGCUCUGGAGGAAGACGCCCAAAUCCUGAAGGUUAUCGAGGCGUACUGCACCAGCGCCAAAACCCGGCAGACCCUUAACUCCACCUGGCAGGGCACCGACCUGAUGCACAACCACGUGCUGGCCGACAUGGACCAGUCCUGCGUGGACUCGCCGGGCCGCCGCAGCAGCGUCUCCCGGCCAGAACUGAGCUCUGACCUGUCGGAGGACUCGGACUACGACUCCAUCUGGACCACCCACAGUUACAGGAUGGGCUCGGUUAGCAGGUCGCGGCUGGAAACAGGGCUGCACGUGAUCAUCCCCGGUGACGACAAAGUUUUUCUAGACAAUCCGAAUCGCAACGGACAAAGCGCCCUGGAAGAAAAGAGUUUGGUGGAUGUGGUUUACGCCCUGCGGGAUGAGGUUCAAGAGCUGAAACAGGACAAUAAGAAGAUGAAGCGGUCACUGGAGGAGGAGCAGAGGGCGCGCAGAGACUUGGAGAAGAUUGUGCGACGGGUGCUGAAAAGUAUUAACGACCCAGCGUGGGACGAAACUAACCUGUGAUCUUCGUUUGGUCCAUCUGUAGCUUUGACAAAGAAACGGCCAGCAUUCCUGUUUUUGUUUUUUUUGCGGACCUGAUGCGAAAUAUAAAAAUGCACACACUGGCUUUAAAAAGGUAAAAGGUUGUUCUGAGAGUGAGACCAAGAGUGGUUUUAAGAGCUGUUGGCUUUGUGCCUCCUCGUCUUUGGUGACGCGUAUGGAAAUUUAACCAUCUUCCCCCUUAAUUACAUUCCUUAAAGCAAAAACCCAGAAUUAGAACAACAAAAAAGAAAAAUGCAGAUUUCAUCAUCCAAGAAAUCUGUGGCUUUUUUUUUUUUUAGGAGGGAUCAACAGGUAAAAUAACAAGAGAGACAUUUUUUCUCCUUUUGCGUUUACAGUCUUACAGGACGACCAUCAGGUGGUACAUAAAUGGUACUUUAUUGGUGUCAGUGGUCUGGUAGGCUUUGGACAAGUUGCCACUUAACACUACUUCAUAACGUCUCUAAUGUUAUUUAAUGUCUUAAUGAAUUGCUUUUGCAGGGAUCUUUGUUUGACACAGGCUCUCUGUUUUAUUUUUCAGCCUGUUGUGAUUUAUUUUUUCCCCCCUUUGUAUUUUUUUCCUUUAGUCUUUAUCGUUUGACCACAUUGCGGUACAGCUUUCUUGGUGAAUUAUUGUACAGAUAUGAAGCUUGUACUGUAUGAUGUAAAUACUGCUAAAACAUGAGCCUUUUUUUCCCCCUUGGAAAUUAAAUGUUUAUUAAAACGAAGACUUUGAA